GUCGUAUAAAAAUGUUUGUCAAUUUAGUGAAAACGUUAUUAAUUAUUGCAAUUAUAUCCCAAAAAAUACGUCAUACCACACAGUUUAAAUGUACACGACACAGAGAAACUUUGUCCUGUAAAAACAUAAGUGUAGAAGACAUCUACAGGGAAUAUUUCAACGAAGAGGUGAAGAAGCACCAACAGACCUUAUCUGCGAUAGAAGUAUCCAACUCCAAUAUACCUACCAUCCAAACUUUUCGCAGACCACCACAAGUUGCAAGUAUAGACGAUGUUAGUAUCCACCAUAGUGCAGUUAAGAGAAUCUCCAACUCGGCUUUCGACGAUUUUGACAACUUAAAAAGUCUAGAUGUAAGUUUCAACCUUUUGAUUGAUGUAAGUUUUGUAAGGAGUCUGCCAAAAUCAUUAACAAUUAUCAAACUCAAUAACAACAACAUCUCCUUUUUGGAUGUUCAUUUUACAGACUUUCCACAUAUAUCCAAUAUCGAUUUAAGCUUCAAUAAGAUCAAAACGCUUGAUUUUGGGAAAGUGAUAACUGUGCCUGACAUUAAUCUAAGCAAUAACCGCAUAACUUUUAUAAUUGCUAACGAAAAUAACUAUUUACCAACACAACUCAACCACUUAAAUUUAAGUUGCAACAAUUUCUCCCAUUACGACGAACACAGGUUGUCUAUAGCACCCGACGUGCUCGAUCUAAGCGGAAAUGACUUAAAGUUAGUAGACCUAACAUACCACAAACAAUAUUUGAGCUUGGCCGGAUCUAAGGUAGAAACUUUCCUAACAAAAAUUUGUGCCAAUACGGCAGAUCUUAGUACUUUCAAUAAUAUUACACAAGUUAAAUUAAUGGUUUCUAGCAAUCUAGUGCUCAGAAAAAACCAAUUUCGCACUCUUUCAAAUGAUACGUUAGACUUAAAGCAAUUUUUGGAUUAUAGUACCUAUUAUUAUUUAGAUUUGUCUGACUCCACGAUCCAAUCAAUAGAUGAGAACUAUUUUAAUGCCAUGAGAUUUUCUGAGCUCGAUUUAAGUCUCAAUUAUAUAACGAUUUUAAAGAAAAACACCUUUUUGUACUCGGACAUAAAAAAACUGAACAUGUCUUCGUCUGUAAUACAAGUUUUGCAACCAAAAUGUUUUAAUCAAGCUACCAUAGAAGAGUUAGACUUAAGUAACAACAGGAUAGCCAACCUUCAAGGUGUUUUUGACGAUGUGUAUAUCGAGCAUUUAGAUUUGUCGUUCAAUUCUAUUAAAUACUUAAAAAGAGACACUUUUGCUCGGUGUAAAAACAUUAAAAGUAUAAAUUUAUCGCACUGUCUCAUAGAAAAAAUAGAGCCAGAAACUUUUUUCGAGUUACCAAAUUUAAGAGUUCAAGAUUUGAGUCAUAAUAAAUUAACAAUUUUAGACAAAGACAUGUUUGGAUUACACGUAAAAGAAUUGAAAUUGCACGGCAAUCAAAUACAAACAGUCAAAAGUCAUGCAAUUAGUAAUCUCGAUCAAAUUUCUGUUUUAGAUUUGUCUCAUAUUAACAUUACAACGAUCGAACCAAAUGCGUUUGUUAAUUUACCCAAUGUUCAGGAACUAUACUUGACUCAUAACAAUAUAACAACAGUGGAGUACACUUGGUUUUCCAAAUUUACCUUCAAACAAUUAACAAAGAUAGACCUAGCACAUAAUCCUAUAAAAUAUAUAAACAAACUGACCAACAUUAAUCUCAACGAAGUAAUAUUAACCAUCAACGGUACUUUGGAAGCCAAUAGUAUUUCGAACGUUUACAUAAAAACACUAACACUAAAAGAUUCUAACAUUAACACAUUAAAAAAUAACUGUUUUAGAGGUUUAUUUAGCUUAACUGAGCUCCGUUUGCCUGGUUCGUCUGUUGAAACAAUUGAGACUGGUGCUCUAAACGACCUUUUCAAUUUAGAACUUCUAGAGGCUCAGAAUUUGUUUAAAAACAGUAAAAUUUUGAAAGAAAAUACUUUCAGUGAUUUAAACUCUAUGAAACUCUUGAACUUGUCCAAAAUAGGUUUUGAACAACUGGAAGCGUUUUGUUUUAAAGGACUGAAAGCUCUUGAGUAUCUAAAUCUAAGCAAAAACCAACUUCAUCGUUUAAAAAAUGAUACUUUUUCAGGACUUCGGCAUCUAGAAACUUUAGACAUAAGCCGAAAUCAAAUAACUACCAUAGAAUCGAAUGCUUUUCGAAGUUUAGGCACUCUAAAAGUGCUCAAUUUAGAAAACAAUCGGAUACACAAUUUUCCGGUGAACAUCUUCAACAAUUUAGUCAACCUCGAGAGGCUGAAUUUACGAAGCAACGUAAUUGGCAGAUUGGAGAGAGGUCUCUUCGAUGGACUCGAAAAUCUUUUAGACUUAAAUUUGGCACAAACUCAAUUAAGCAUUAUGGACGUCGGGGUCUUUCAGCAACUGGUUAAUUUAAAAGUAUUAGACCUGAGCAGGAACAAUAUGGGAUCGGUUAAACCUCGCAAUUCGUUUGAGAUAGGUAUAUUUUCGAAUUUAGCAAACCUAGAAAUUUUGGAUUUAUCUUUUAACUUGAUCUCAAGUUUGAACGUUAAAAAUAUGUUCAUGUCUUUGAGAAAUUUAAAGAAAUUGUUGUUAGAUCAUAACAAUAUGAAAUAUGUAGAUUUUGGCGGACUUUUAAAGAAUUGUAAGAAACUUUCUUACAUAGGUUUAUCGUUCAAUACGUGGAAAUGUGAGUAUUUAGCUGAUAUUACCCAAAAAUUGUUUAAUUCUAACAUAAGUUAUCAUCCUAAAACACCUAAUUAUAAUCAGGAUAAUAUUGAAGGCAUAUAUUGCACUGAUGUUUGUAAAUUUGUAUAUUGUGAAGGUAGUGAAGGGAGUGAACUAGAAAUUCAAUAAAUAUAUCGCAAUGUA